GGCAAACAGGAAGCAGAGCAGAAAGAGUUUUGUAUAAAUAAACAAGAUUUGGCCAUCCAUCAGACACUUGAUCCAAAGCAAGACUUGCAGUUAAUUUAUUGUCUUUGAGGGAGAAAAAUAAAAAGGCAGGCUCACAAAAUACAACCUACCUACUCUUGGCAGCUCAAAAUCACCCGAUCUCACCUUACCUCACGUACCUAGGUGGGUACCUGGUAGUUACCUACCUUACCUACCUGAGGUAGGUACCUAUACACACAGUCUCCAUGGCAGACCAACUAAGCGAGGCCGAAGCCGCCAAUCUGGCAAGACACAGCGCUGAGGGCCAGCCCUUUCCCAGACUCCGCUACCCGAUAACCAACCCACUCACAUCGCCCUGGAACCUGCGCAUCACCGACGUUGACUACGCCAGGUUGAAAAUCGGCCACUGGAACACGGACGAAGUGGACGACAAUUGGUCAAUCCAUACCAAGGUGGACGACGCAGGCAACCUGAGGAGCGUGCACAUUGUGCGGAGCUUUACGAUGGAAUGGUAUAUCCUGAACCUAAGCUUGGGGGAGAACGGCGGCGCCGUCAUCGACUCCGUCACCUGGGAUGCGGAGCAACACCUGGGGCUCAAGGGCUACCCCGGCGCCUCGGAGCAAGCGAAGAAGGAGGCGGUGCAUUUUUGCAGGGGUUAUCUAAAGUGCAGGUUUGAAGGACUGCCCAUAUAACUUAUGGCAAGGAGAUUUAUGAUUAUCCGGGGUGUUAUCUGCGUAAAGAGGGCAAUGGGAAUGUGGACGAGUCGUGAUCAAAGGAAUGGUUCUUUGUUAAUUCGACUUUGAGAAUUUUCAAAGGAGGAAGCUUUGGAAAUAAAUAAACCUGCACGUCAAUAUGAGUAAAAGAUCCUCCCUACAGUGCUUAGCUGCCAAGCCAACCCCUGGGUACCUUAGUUCUCCCAUUGCACCCAAGACCUUAGCUAUAGUCACGCAUCAAUUACAACAUCACAGCUCUCUUCCUGCGCCAAACUUUAUCACAAUGAUCCUGCCAAAUACAAAUCACUUCAGAUUCUUAGAGGGGAAUGAUGUAAACCAAUUAAUCACCGGGGUGG